AUGUCCCAUAGCACAAACGCCCCGCUUACCCUAUACUCAAGGGUAGAAGUUGACAAACCAUUCAGCACCUUGAGUGAGAAGUGUUAUGUGUCCAAACCUUACAAUCCUCAUAUCCCUAGAGUUGGUAGCAUUCAUCGCGGGGGCUUCCCGAGUUAUUAUGUAGAAAAUGAACAUUAUAAUAAUGGGGACAGUUCUCUUAGGAAUGAAUCAACAAUCGCGCAAGAUCCUAAACCGGAAGUAGCUAAAACGGAGCAAGUUGAAAAUAAUGCGGAGAAGCUGGGCACCACAAACAACAUGUUGAGUUUAUUCCAAGUGGUCAUGAUUCUCGUUUUUUUGAUGCGAUUAGGCCGGAAUGUAUCUACGAGGCUCAUAAAGAAGCACGAGGCCAGAAAGGAGCUAUUAAAAUAUCUGGACAAUGAGAACAAAAAAAUUAAAGUUGACGAUAUUAUAAUCGAAAACAAGUUAAAAAAACUGCAGCAAAAAAUAAACAACGAAAAAAAAGAAAUGCAGGAAAAAUGGAAAAAUGAAAGAGAAAAACUCAUGGCAGAACUAGCCAAAAUUAGGUGUAAAAACCCUAUGCCUGGGAUAGGCCCAUACUAUGACAAAGACAAAAUGCGUUUGGAACGAAAAUUGAACCGUCUAAAUAUGAAUUAUGAGAAGGAUAAAUAUAAAAAAAAGAAGCGAUGGUAUGCUAUGAAAGCAGCUUAUCAUAAGAAACUCAUGAAAGUACGGGAAUUACAAGAAAGGAGAAAACGGUUUAAAUGCGAACGAAUGUUUCUAUUUGAAAAGACAUGGAAUUUUGGACCCCAAUCAAUGGCCGCGUUCAUGCAAAUGAAACACGCUGAAUCAGCUAAAGCUAAUUUGUGUUAUAAGCAAUCACAGUUACUAGGAAAAAAGGCAGAAGAGGAAAAAGCGGCAGCAGAGGCAAAAGCAGCAGAAGAGGCUAAAGAAAAAGAAGCGGCUAAGAAAAAAGAAAAGGAGGAAGAGGACGAUGAGGAAUAUGAAUACUAUGAUGAUGAACACUAUGAUGAUGAACACUAUGAUGAUGAACACUAUGAUCACUAUGAAGAUUAUGAGGAUGAUGUGGACUAUUACAUGAAUCCAGAUGAUGAAUAUUAA